GUCCUUCAUUCGACUUUGCUGGUGAUUGUCAAAGUUGGGAGUCGUUUGUUGAUGUUUUGGAACACUUUGGAAUCACAUCGAAAAUCACGACUGUAAUCACAACCUUUUCGACAUAAAAUUAAAAAUUAUACAUUAUUAUAAACUGUGAUUGAUUAACAAAGCCAAUUGUCAAAAUGGCUACGAAUUCCGAGCCAGUUCAAGUGAGUUCGCUGCCUUUACCACCAAUGCAGUAUAUCAACCAAUAUACUGAUGAGUUGAUCAAACGCGGAAGGGCCCCACGGCCUCCACCACCAAUUCAUGACCAAUACAGCAUGUUUGGGAACUCCUUCAAUACUGAAGAAGCCAUAAUUCGACCUCUUGAAAGUCAGGGAAUAAAACGUCUCUAUCCACUCCAUUUUGACCGUCGUCGUGAACUGAAAAAACUAAACCUCUCACUUCUGGCAAAUUUCCUUGACCUUCUCGACCUUUUAGUCCACUGCCCUGAUUCUCCCAGAAGACAGGAAAAAGUAGAAGACUUAUCACUGCUCUUCAUUCACAUUCAUCAUCUUCUGAAUGAGUUUCGUCCACACCAAGCACGCGAAACACUCCGAGUGAUGAUGGAGUUACAAAAACGUCAGCGCAUUGAAACCGCCGAUCGUUUCAAGAAGCAUUUAGAUAAAGUAUUGGAACUGCUACAACAAGCAAUUAAUAAUCUGCCUGAGAUGAUGGAACUGGAUAAUAAGAUGUUUGUCAAUACACAUGCGGGUGCAGCGGCCAGCAGUGAUUCAGCAGCAGAUAGUAAUUCAGAUAAAUGUUAUAUUCUGGAUAGGAUUAUGUGUAAUAUUGUUGAUAAUAUGUAAGUUGUAAUCAUAUUAUCAGCUCAUGGUGUCAAUUUAUGUCUUGGGUAAGUGAAUGGAAACAUGUGACAAGGAAGGAAAACUUAUGAUAGGUUUUUAAUUUGACUUCUGCUCAUUUUCACAUUGUUAGAAGGGUGUUAGGAGGGUGAGUGGAUGUGUGUGGAAAUAAUGUAAGUUAAUUUAAUUGUAACAAUAAAUAAUUGUGUGUUUGAGGAAACAUACAGAAAAUAACUAAGAA